AUGACGAAAAUGGCGGACAGCGCAUCAUCGGUCGAAAUUGUGGAGGGCUGUCGCCUCCCCGUUCUUCGCAAAAACCAAGAACACGAGGACGAAUGGCCUUUGGCUGAAAUUCUCAGUGUAAAGGAAGUGUCUUCGAGAAAGCUCUUCUAUGUUCACUAUAUUGACUUCAACAAGCGGCUGGAUGAGUGGGUCACAGCGGACAGGCUGGACAUGAAAAAGCUUCAGUUCCCUAAGAAAGAAGCUAAAACACCCACCAAGAAUGGUCUUCCAGGCUCCCGUCCCAGUUCUCCAGAGAGAGAAGUGAGGAAGAGUCUUGAUCUCAACGUACAAUCUGCCACAGCUCCCUCCAGAGGCAAAACCCUCCCCACACCGCUAUCAGGUCAUGCUGAACUGCAUGGAAAUCCCGAAAUAAACAACCAAGAUACUAAAAAGGAAGAGGAUCCAGUCGUGCAGAUCACAUCCAAAUGUAUGACAGGUGUAUGCACUGGUCUUGUAAAGCCACAUUUCCUCUUCAAAUCUCUCAAGAAGAGGAAAGUAGAGCCCGUCCCCUUGGCGACUCAGGUACCCCCGGCGCCCCCCGUGCCCUCCCUGCCAAGCUCAGCUGAAGCCUCUCAGGCGUCUGUUUUCCCUGCUGUCAGAGAGACCAACAACACCUUUAAAUCCCGCGAAGACCACGAGCAGCUCUCCUCCCUCACAACAAACGGCACUGCACGACGGCUCGUCCCCUCUCAGCCCGGGAGGAAGAGGAAAGCUAAUUGUGGGGCCACAGAUGAGAUGAUAAAGGUUUUGCAGUAUAACAAGCCUCAAAGUGCCAGUGUCUUUCUACCACCACCAGAGGAUUCCCAGGACAGUUCGGAUGGCAUCCCGUCUGCACCCCGCAUGACAGGCAGCCUGGUGUCCGACCGCAGCCAUGACGACAUUGUCACCCGAAUGAAAAACAUAGAGUGUAUAGAGCUAGGACGUCACAGAUUGAAGCCCUGGUACUUCUCGCCGUACCCACAGGAACUCACCACACUGCCAAUUCUCUACCUCUGCGAAUUCUGCCUCAAGUACCUCAAAAGUCUCAAGUGUCUACAGAGGCAUUUGACGAAAUGUAAUCUGAGACAUCCUCCAGGCAACGAGAUCUACCGCAAAGGAACAAUCUCGUUCUUUGAGAUUGACGGCAGGAAAAACAAAACUUAUUCCCAGAACCUGUGUUUACUUGCAAAGUGUUUCCUGGACCACAAAACCUUGUAUUACGACACAGACCCUUUCCUCUUCUACGUAAUGACCGAGUAUGACUCCAAAGGCUUCCACAUAGUGGGCUACUUCUCUAAGGAAAAAGAGUCGACUGAAGAUUAUAACGUAGCCUGCAUCCUGACUUUGCCUCCAUACCAGCGGAGAGGAUACGGCAAACUGCUCAUUGAGUUCAGUUACGAGCUGUCCAAAGUCGAAGGGAAGACAGGCACACCUGAGAAGCCACUUUCUGACCUUGGUCUUUUGUCCUAUCGCUCCUACUGGUCCCAGACCAUCUUGGAAAUUCUUAUGGACCUUAAACCUGACAAUGGAGAGAGGCCGCAGAUCACCAUCAAUGAGAUCAGUGAGAUCACAAGUGUAAAGAAAGAAGACGUCAUUUCAACACUUCAGUACCUCAACCUCAUCAACUAUUACAAGGGUCAGUACAUCUUGACUCUUUCAGAGGACAUUGUUGACGGGCAUGAAAGAGCGAUGCAGAAGAGACACUUGCGCAUAGAUCCAAAAUGCCUUCACUUCACGCCUAAGGACUGGAGCAAGAGGGGCAAGUGGUAGAACCCCGCAGCCUGGUUCACUGAACGCUCUCCCCAAUGAACCUGAAGAAAACUGUUGAUCAGAUCAAGGUGUUCGGAUACAGAAACCUUUUUGAACCCAGGACGUCUCUUCAGAUAAAACACAGUGAACAUAAAUUGUCACUUGAGAUGCAUACGAUUUUAUUGUGAAUAUUCAUUAUAUUAUUGUGAAUUUAAACAACGAUCAAACUUGGGGACACACGAGUGAGUGGUUUACAGUGACGCUGGCAAAAAAUACAACACACCCUCUGCUGUGUAAAGAUCCUGUUAAUAACCGAAACAGUGUGUUUAAAAGUGGGACAUUGUGUUUGUUUAAUAGUGUAAAUGAAAGCCUUAAUUGGCAGACAUACUGGCCACCUCAUGGAGGUGAAUGAUAAGGUUAUUGAUGAUAAUUCCAGGUUUUUACAGUGACUUGCUUCAUCUGUUGACGAGUCCACAUAAUGUUAAACCCCAAGUGGAUUUCUUUUCCUUAAAUGCAGCAGUGAAAUAUUUUUAAUUUAUUUUUGGCCAACAUAAACAUAAGUGUGUUUUUUGUCUACAUUCUUUGAAUCUGCCACAUAAAGAAGUAGAGCUAAAAUGUUGUCAUCAACCUUAAUAUUUAUGUAUCCCCAAGUUUUGUUUAUCAAUGUAGUUCAACAAAAUUCCUUGUUUGACUCCAGAAACGUCACUUAAACUCCUCAUACUAGUGAUAUAAAGGAAACUUUAGUUGAUGGAAAUGGACUAGACUCAUUAAACACACUACUAAUACUGAGCAGCACUCCAAAAUUGUAUUAGCACUUUUACCUUGAAUAGUAAUUUUAUACAAAGGGCGUAGGCUUCAAAACAUCUUUCAAAUGCCUCUGACGUUUUUAUUAAACAUAAUGUGCAUACAGGGAAAAAGUACAAGGAAUCACGGUUCAGAUCUGUUUCAGGAGUAACAUACAGACGGGUGACAAAUUAAAAAGAAACAUAGUGUCUUAGUGCUGCCAGCUUAUCACUGGAGGGAUGGACACCAUUCUUCCAAAGGACAUUCCCUCAUUUGGUGUUUUAAUGAUGGUGGUGGAGAUCACUGUCAACAUGUCGGUCCAAAAUCUUCCAUAGCUGUUGCAUUGUGUUGAGAUCUGGUGACUGUGAAGGCUCUAGCAUAUGAUUCACAUCAUUUUUGUACUCAUCAAAUCACUCAGUGACCCCUUGUGCUCCAUGGAUGGGGGUACUCUCAUCCUGAAAGAGACCACUCCCAUCCGGAUAGAAAUGUUUCAUCAUAGGAUAAAAGGUGAUUACUCAGAACAACUUUGUAUUGAUUAGCAGUGACACUUCCCUCUAAGAGGACAUGCAGGCGAAAUGUCGCUUAGGGGUCACGCAUUCAGACCUGUACUGGUUUUUCCUUUAAUUUGUCACUCAUCUGUAUCUGCUCAUUUAAAUUCUCAUCUCAACACACAGAUGGUAAUUUUCAUUCUCUUUGAGUGCCUGAAUCUUUGCCCUCUCCUCUUGAGUGUCUCCACUAACAGGGAGAGCAGAACUGUACUCAUAAUUCCCCGCUGUAGGCUUUCUGUUGUUUUCAGUGUCAACUACAUAAUCCAGUAUGACUCACUUGUAAAAGUGGAUUCAAAUUAGCAGAACAGUUGAGAUUUGUACCAAAAUACACAACUGGACAUCUAGACCUGUAGUUAAAAUGUUGCUUUUCAGAGCCAACAUAGUCAAGUCAUCUUUUACAAUAGCAGUCCCUCUUUGUGUGUCCUCAUAUUUAAAUAGUAAUAAAUGGUAUUUAUGCUUGAUCAUGCUGGUAAAUGUUUCUUUUUCCCCAGAUAAUGUCCUGUCAGGAUCAUCUGCACACAUUGUGCACUGAGACAAAUCAACUCCUCUGGUUAAACAUAUGUUCCCUGUAACUGUACAUACUGAACCUGAUUGUAAAAAAAAUGCUUUGAAGACAGAAGCCAUGUUGAACUCUUAGAAUAAUGUAAAUUUUGUGUACAGCUGUCUUUAGUUCAUUUUUUUCAUAAUGUAAACUAACUGCACAAUAUUAAUAGAAAAGAAAAAAAGUGAUCUUUCAAUUUGUGUUUUAUGUUUACAUGUCGCAAAAGGCCGUUGAAUUUACUCUGUUGAAAUGAUUCCGUAUAUCUUUAAGUGAAACACAGUUGAGAGUAUGAUUUGAACGUUUGA